CUCUCUCUCUCUCUCUCUCUGUGUGACAUCAUGCCUGGGACACACACUCCCCGGGCAGAGAGCGGAGCAGAAGAACACACCACACACACUCCACACGUGGUGCAGAAGCAUCACUGACACACGGAGCGCGCGGGCACACACAUACACUCACACACACACACACACACACACACACACACACACAUACAAACACACGGACCUCCAGAAGAUAAAGGGAUUAGCUCUGUCUCUUCUCUUGGAGAGAGAAAAAAGAAAGAAUAGAAAGAGGGACAGAAGACGCUUUGAUCUGACGGAUGCUUUUAAUGGAGAGAGAUGAGGGAGGGAUGAUGAAGAGAUGAUAAUGAUGAUGGUGAUGGAGAGAUGAUGGGAAUCUCCUUCUCUUCUAUAACACACUCGGGAUUUUACCUGCACAAGACGCAGCGCAGACAGACAUCUGCAGGAACUCCACUUCUUCUAGUCUGAGUGCGCGCGUGUGUGUGUGUGUGUGUGUGUGUGUACAUGUUCCCACAUGGCGUGCUACUACAUCGUGAUCAGCUCCACACACCUCAGCAACGGACACUUCCGCAACAUCAAAGGAGUUUUCAGGGGACCGCUGUGCAGGAAUGGCAACUUGGAAUAUGCGGAAAAGGAGAAAACGUUGGCUAAAGCUCUGGAGGACCUGAAGGCAAAUUUCUACUGCCAGCUGUGUGAUAAACAAUACUACAAACAUCAGGAGUUUGACAAUCACAUUAACUCGUAUGACCAUGCGCACAAACAGAGGCUGAAGGAGCUAAAACAGAGGGAAUUUGCCCGCAAUGUGGCCUCCAAAUUAAGGAAGGAUGAGCAGAAGCAGGAACGAGCGCUCCGGCGGCUACACAAAUUGGCCGAACAACGGAGAGAGGUUCAAUGUGCUCCAGGAAGUGGCCCGAUGUUUAAAUCCACCACUGUGGCAGUAGAAAGUUUAAAUAAAUCCUGCUUUAUGGAUAAGGAUGAAAACCAAAACAUUGCAGAACAGGAGACAGAAUCUCAAAUCUCAUGGCCAUAUCGAGGAAUAACGAAGAAACAAACUCUUCCAAAGAUCGCCUUCUCCUUUUCCUUUCCAAAGAGAGCUUCACUUAAGCUGGAGUCUUCAGCUGCAGUGUUUUGUGAGAGUACCGAGGAGAAAAGGAUUAAUUAUAAUACAGAGAUGGUGACACAUCAAAAGAGUUCCAGCAAAAGUGCCCUGAAUGAUGCAAUGCCUCAGUCAGAUCUGUGUGCUUUCCUCGUUUACUCAGAGGACAGAUCAGUGUCUCCAAUUAGCCACUUUACUGCUGUCCCUGGAGGAUCGGAUCUCAGUCUGGACUUGGAAGAGAGCAAUAUACCUGAAAAUAAAGAAGAUAAUGGUCAGGAAGAGAGCACCAUAAGCAAUGCUCCUCAACCUAUGUCAUGUGAAGUCAAUUCAUUUCAAAGCCAAGAAAAAGACAACACUUCUCUCAGAAGACCAAGCCAACCUUUUAUCUCUGUUGUGGGCCGAGAUGGUAAAACUAUCUUCCAAUGGCCUUCAGAAAUGGUGUACUUCACAAAAACAGAGCCCUCCAUCUCCUUCGGAUGCAACCCUCUCCACUUCGACUUCAGAGGUUCCCAGUUCAGGAAGUCCACUGAUGACUUUCAGAACAAAAAUGACCAAGAAUUGUCUUUCAUUUCUGAAAAAAGCCCCAAAACGUCCUCAGUCUCCUGCGAGUUUUCCACAGAGGAGGCCACAUGUAAAGUGGAAAAAAAGAUCCGAAAGUGCCACCUGCAUUCCAGCGAUGCACAGAGCAAAUACAAGCAUCUGAAAAAUUGGGCUCAGAGCAGCAAGAGAGCGGAGGACAAAUUGCAAGGCAGAGAGCGACGCCAUUACAGAAGUCAGCACAAAAAAAGGCACAAGAGAAGAAGUAGGAGGGAGAAGGAGGAUCACAGUGAGCUGGAGCAGAGUGCAAACAUGAAAAAAUGGACUAAACUCCACAAACAAGAAGGAUUUGAAAGCCAAUUUAAAGGCUGUGCUGCACAGCGAGAGCAGCCAUUAGAGAAGUCAAAGCAAUCAGCUCAGAAUCAGGCAGAGAAUAACAGCAUUGUUUCCUCAGCAGGAAGCUCAGUCGAAGCUGAAAAGGUACUUGAUAACAGUGGGGAGAUUGUAGAUGUUUCUGCUUUAGAGCAGACAAUGAUGACACAAAAUGACUCACACCGUCUCAGUAUGAUUCCUUCUGAUCGAGAAACAUCAGCCUCAGAUCACAGCAGCCCAACUAUACCAAAGAAACGAAAAAGUGAUUCCCAGAGCAAAGAGGAUAAUGUAUGGUCAGAUCAGGCACAGUGUGGGGUAAGUGAGGAGCUAGGUGAAGAGGAAAAAGAAGAAGAAGAUGUUUUUUGUCAAAAUCAUGGAUGCAAAAGACAAAGAAUCGAUCAAACCACACCUCUUCCUGAUGAACAUGCUGUUUUUGUUUUAAAUGAAUCCGUGGGAACGAUGGACAUUGAUUCAACAUGGAAUACCCCCGAUUUAAAGGAUACAGCACCAUGUGACGCUGUAAAAGGAGAUAAUGCAGCAGGUGAAGCUUCUAUUGAUAAAAACCCUAUUCCCUGUUUCUCAGAGAUAAAUUCUCAGGCUGUAACUGAGCGAGAUCUACAGCCUAAAGACACAAAUCAGCUUCCUAUAGUCCGAAAUUGUGACUCGGCAACAGAGCAAGAAUCUGCAAAUGAGUGUAAGAAAUGUCCCAUCUCAUCUCGAGUCAAAGAGAAAGAGAAAGUCAGCCAUGAUAAAUCCUGCCAGCACACUCCACCAUUGCCAGGCUUUCAACUCCGGGAUGAGGAAAUGCCGAAAUGCGCGAUCCGGGGUCCAUUCAACCCGAUGCUGUGCUUUACAUCUCAACUCAAUGGUGUGGAAACGCAUGGCCUUCUUCACAGCCACACCCACAAACAUGUCUUGCACCAGAAGGUGUUUUCUCCUAAGCUCAGACCAACACUUCCUAUCUCCUCCCCAGUUCUUCACCCUGUUCACUUAGCAUCGGCCAUUCCAUCCAGUUCUAUCACCGUCCUCCAGCAUCACUCAACCUUCCUGCCUGCUCAGCCUUCCCUUUUUGCCCAGGUAGUGCCUGUUAGCCGCUUUCCCCUUGCCCCUGAGAUCACACCCUUCAUAACCUCGUCCCAGGUUUCAAUGGUGGCUCCGCCCUCUAUCCACACAACGGCCGUGACGUUCCACACUUUACCUCAACCUCAGGUCUUUCGGCCGCUCCUGCACCCCCCUGCACCUUUUCCACCCUUAUUACCCCAUCAUACUACUGUCAUCCCCCUUCAGCCGCUCUUCUGAGAUUAUUACCACUUGAUAAUGUAGUUUUAGUAUUAAAAUGUUAUAAAGUACAUUUAAAACUCAGUAAUAUACAUAAAUAUACCACUGGAGGGAGCAAACUAGUGUCUAUGCCUUUCUUUUUUUUUGACUGAAUGUGUUUGUGUCUAGAUGGAUAGGACACUGCAGAUGUUAGAGCUUUUUCUUUUCCAUAAAGACGUAGUCAGGUAAAUGACUAAUCUUUUUCUUACAAAUGAGCCAUGACACUGCAGGACAAGCAGCAACACAUUCUUUAGAGAUGUAACAUUUAUAGUCUUCAAUUUUAAUGAGCUCAUACCUAUCAGAGGUGCAGGAUCUCUUAGUUGUACACAAAAAUGAAAGGAAAACUCCACCAUGAAUGACUUACACAUUCAUUAUUCUAACUAUCAUGUACUCCAGCAGCAUUAAAGACGUAUUCAAUAACUCAAUGGUUUAUUUUCAUAAAUUACCAGCAAGACCAUUCAAAUACCUGCUGAUUGUGACAUUGCAAAACAACAUUCAUCUACCAGUUAAUAGCACCACCAAUGCUUUUAUCAUCUUAUAGAUCUCUAACCAGCUGAGCCGAGUUUCUGUCCUCAUCUACCUGCAGCACUUUGACUUCUGCAUUUGCUGCAACAUUACAAAUCUGCUGGAUUAAUAAGAUGUUAAACGUCACUGAAAAAUGAAACGUGAGCAAGAAGAGAAAGAUUGUGAUUAAAGCGAACAGUAAUAUCUAUGUUGAAGAUCAUCUCACAAAAUAAAUACAAAAAAAACCUCAACAAAUCAACAAACAUCACAUCAGAUUAGACCCAGAAUCACAAAACAUCCACAUCAGUGAUAUUUCAGUGUCAUUAUCAUUCAGGGUGGAGUUUUCCUUUCUAACCUGCUUUUUGAUAUUUAGUUCAGAAUUAACUCAGAAUCACAUUUGUGUGUUUUAUGGAUCAUGUAAAUUAUUUCUAGUGCUUUUAUCAGAUUGAAAUCCAAGGCCCCCAUUAGCACAGGAUAGCAAGAAUGCAUGCCGAUAAGUGUUAGAAAACACAUACACAAAAAAAAAAAAAACCAUGCAAAGCAAACACGCAUUUAAAAAGAUCAAAAUAAAACAACUGACAUGAUGCACAAUAUAUUCAUUCAACCACCACAGACCUCAAACUCCAGAUCUACAGCAUUAUUCCAGAAAAAGCACAACGUGUAGAAACAUUCAUUUCUUCAUCAAAGAAAUGUUUUGUUUUGGAGAAUCAGAUACUGAACUCAAUCAUUUGCAAAAUAAAGUCACAAUGAAUUUAUGGCACUGAUUCUCAAAUAACAAAACAAUGUACUGAAAUAACACAAUAAUAAAAACUCAUCGCAUUAAUAAAUAUCGAGAAAAUACAUGAAUAGUAUAAGAAAGUAAAGUAGGUGAAUUGGCUCCUUGUGUGAUUUAUGGUAUAAUUUACUAUGAAAUCAUCACCCUCUUGUGUUUCCCUACGCCCUCCAUAGAAGUGCACUAUUUACAGUAUAAACUAGACGAGGUUUUUAUUUCCGACUCGGGAGCAUGAAGCAGGUCCGGAUUAAGCCAGUUAUUGAACAACUGUGAUUUUGGUAGAUUUGUCUUGUUAUGAGUUGCUAGAAUGUUUGUUUUUUGUGUUUAUUUUGAUGUAUUAAUUAUUUAAAUAUAGAAAUCAUAAGCGAAUAAAAAAAAAAAACAGCCAAUUAAAUCAAAUAUGCACAAUUUUUAAAUCUAAAUUUCCUGCUAAUGCCAAAUAAUUUCAACAUAAAAAUUCAAUAUAAUAACAAGUUCCUUGUGCGCCCUGGACAUGCUAAAUACCUUGUAGCAUUAGCAUCUUAGUGGAAUUGACUUGUGUUUUAUUCUUGAAAAUGUUUGUUCUUACACCUGAGAUCUUUAGAAGUUCUGCAGCAGAAGUAUUUAUUCACUAAUCUUUACUUAACAGGACGUAAACAUUGUUGUGGUUGAAAGAAUGGCACAGUUCCGUACACAGCAGUUUAACGAUAUCAGGACCAACACCAUACACUGCACAAAUCUGCGUAGUUCAAAGUUCACACUGCUUUUACUGAAAUUGUUCCAAUGUUUUACUUCUAUUCUUACAUAAACGUCUCCUGUAAAGCUUUAGAUUUAUUACACUAUAUGUGUUGGUGUGAAGUUCUCGCCCCUCUGUUCUGUUGUUUCUCAGGUCUUCUGACUAAUUAUUAAAUAAAUCGCAGUGCACAUCAGCAACAUUACUGCAAACCGCUCACAAACUGUCCACGUGAACCCUGACGUCUCCGUUCUAGCUGCAUCUCGUUCUUCUCAACAAGAAACUCUGAUCUAAUACAGAAGUGAGUCAGUGAGUGUUCAACAUGAAGGGGUCAUUAACCCCAUUGAGAACUGAUUAUUAAUAUUAGGGUUUGAAAUGCAGGUUUUUUCCAUAAAGUAUUUUAUCUUUUACAAUAAAAUUAUGAAGACAUUACUGUUCCUUCUGGAACCUUAAUCAUCCAAAGAAUUUAAAGCUAGUCAUGGCCAUGGCCAGACCUACACCUGACGGCCAGGGGCACGAUUUUAGGGACAUGAUGCCCUCGUUCAAGGUUCAAGAUAUUUAGAGAAAAAAGCAUUAUAAUAAAUAUAGGAAUUGUGUCACUUCAGGGAAAUUCAGAACAUAUCAACAUACACACAAAAAGUUACAUUUGCAUUGUACUGUGUGUUGAUGGUUAUUUAAUGUUCCAUAAGAACAAAUACUAAUGUGGCAUCAACAAUAACAAAGAAAUAGAAAACUAAAGCUAACAUACCCUAAUGUACAGUUUAUAUGAGACAGAUGAUCCAGUACAGGCACGGGUGCUCGUUGAUGGGAAUUUGAUUGUAUGUCUUGGGUAUAAAAUCAAACAUGACUCCUCAAAAGAUCUACUGGCUUUAGUAAGAUCUCCCAGGUCAAAAUGUAAAAGUCAGGAGUGCUUUGUUUUUUUGGAAAUCUUAAACAAUCACUUCAAUACAAAUAUUUAACACUUACUUACAAACACAGUAAAAUAUCAAUUUCAGUUUUUCAAGCACUUUCCAUCAUGUCUAUAAAUAGAUUUCAGUAGAUGCGUGAAGAUCGUUUGAAUUCCGCAUCUUUGAGUUCAGUAUCUCACUUUCCUGAGCCUUGUGCGCCCUCUGGCUGUAAAAAUAUAUUCAGAUUGCCCAGAACAAAUCAUGUACUUGUGAGUGAAAAUGUAUAGAUGCAGGAAAAGUGAUAGAGAGCUGAUGAUGAGCAGAUGGACAAUGAGAUGAGACAAUGAGCCAAAGGGUCUUUAAAUGACUUUCUUACUGGAACAAGGAGUUUUUCCAGACUCUGUGGAUUACUGGCUGGGACUAAAAACAGAUUUGAGAAACUGUACAGAAUCUAAAAUAAAGACAUGACAUCCAUUACAUUUUCCUGAGAUAGUGAAGGAGGUGCUUGAAAAUAGGUUUUUAUUGCCAGGAAAUAAAUCACCUCUCCAGCAUGACUGCACAUCCUCGAUUCCUGUACAUAUUCACUGCUAAACCCAUGUGAAUGUGCUCCUCAAACACAACAGGGCAGUUUGGAUUUCUACUUAAAUCUAUCAUUUUUUUGUUACAUCGUGUGUGGUUUUCCUUUUUCUUUCUAAAUGUGAUGUUUCUAUAGACAGUCAGAUUAUUAACAUGGAACAGAUUGCUAAAGUAAAGCUGUUGUUUUGAGGUUUGACGUUGACGGUUUGAUUGCGGUCAGGAUAUCAGAGGGCGGCCCUGAGCUGUCAUCACCCCCAUCAUCAGGUCUAAAAGGGUCGCAGAAAUGCUGACUGCUGUUGUUUUAAGUGCACAUGAGUCUGUAGCAGCUUGUGAUGAGACAUGUGAGUGGAAGUUCAUUCUGAACUUUAGAACUUUGACGGAACCAUAAUGGAAAAUAAACUACAGCUGUUACUAUAGAAACAAUAUCAUACAUAUCAGAACGAGUGCAUUAUUAUAAUUCUGUGCUUCGCAGCUGCACUGUUUGUCACAGCAGCAGUUUUAGGAAUUUAAACCGCACCUUUUUACCAAUUACCCAUUAUCACUCUGUGUCCACUUUAUUAGGAACACCUGUAGAACUGCACAUUUAUGUAGUUAUCAAAUCACCAACAUUAUGUGAUUGCAGCCCAAUGCUACAAAUCAUGCAGAUAAAAGUGAAGAGCUUCAGUUCUCAUCAAACAUCAGAAUGAAUAGAAAAUGUGAACUAUGAUUGCUGGUACACACUGGUUCAAAAACAACAACAAAAUUGAUUGAGAGAUCUGUGGGUAAGAGCAUCUGGUUUGGAAACGGAUUGUGUGUCAGAAAGUAUGCAGUAUUUAAAUCAUUACUCUUUACAAACGUGGUGAGCAAACAAACUUCUCCGCAGAAGAACACGUCCAGUUCCACUCAUCCAGAACAUAAAUCUGAGGCUCUCACAGUCACAGCUUCAGUUUAAACAGAAUAAAAAGGAGAUUCAUCUGGUCUUUUUUACAUCCUUUACCUGCCUGGUGUGUGAGUCUGUGCUCAGGAUGGCCUCAGUUUCUUGGUUUUGGCUGACAGGAAUGGAACCUGAUGUUAUACUUCUUAUGUAGCUCAUCUACCUCAAGAGCUGGUGUGAUCUAAGAUGCUUUUCUACACACCAUGGUCAUAAAACAAUAUUAUUUGAGGUACGAUGCUUAAAAGUGGAAGCUCAGCAGUUUUCAGUGGUUGGAAUCCAUUGUUGGAUUUGUUAUUUGAUGGUCAUGAGUUCAAAUCUCAGCACCACCAAUUUCAGAAAAGCCCUCAACCUGUAUCUGCUCAGCUGAGGUCACAUGUGAUUCUGGAAAACACUAUCUGACAGACGGUAUUGCAGUCUUAACUAAAGUCUUGCAGUUUUUACUUAAUUGGUGUUAACUAACACCAAUCUGUUCAUUUUAUUCCCCGGGUUUCUCUUUCAUCAGCCUGCUGAUCUUUCACAUUAAUCAUGGGUUUGCUCUUCAACCUGUUUCAGGGUAAGUUGGUUCUGUGUGAAAAAAACCAGCUGGAGACCAGCAAUUCAUAAAAAACUGAAUCCAGCUCAUCUGAUCCAGAUUCCACUUUCUCUUCAUUCUGAUCUUUGAUAUGGACAUUAAAAGUUCUGUAUCUGUGUGUAUUUGUUUUUGCAUAUUGAACUGAAAUGUAUAGAUUUAUUUAUGAUGGCUAUAAAUAUGAUACCUUUAGAAAAAUGUCCUAUCAUCGAAUAGUCCUGACCUGCAGACAAUGAACUUCUAAUGAGUGAAGAAAUAAAACACAAGUCCUGAUCUAAACUCAGAACGUUUCAGUGAAGAGAGUGUGAUAAAGAGAAAUCUGAACUCUAACUGUAAUCUAGAUGAGGUUUUUGUGCUGACACUUCAUUUAAUGAUGUUUUAGUGUCCUAUCUGUUCUUCUCCCACUGCACUGAAAAAUCACUGUUUAUAGACACAAAGCAUUUCCUGUUUUUCCCCUGAAUAUAUCAAUGAACAAUGUUUAUAAAUCAUGUAAUAUUUAAUUAAGAUGUAAAUAUGUUCAUGUUUUUAUUGUGUAAGGUAUCAAGUGUGUAUGAAAUAUUUAGAUAAGACAAAGCGACUAUGUUUUUUACGAUACUUUGCCAAACAGAUGCUGUUCAGACAUAUCUAAUAAAACACACAA